AUGGCCGGUUCAUCUUUCUUCCAGUACUAUCUUUUGCCUGCCCUCAUUCUUCUUCCAUUCUGCGCUUACAAAGCAACUCCUUGUCUUCCUCUUUCCGCUUCCACUCCCGAGAGCAACCGAAACAUUGCGUACAUAAAAAAAUCAUGCAACGACACAAUAUAUCCUUUACUGUGCAAUCAAAUCCUCUUGGUCAGGGCAGACGAAAUCCAUUGUAGCCCUAAGAUGUUAGCAAAAAUCUCCAUCUCCAUCGCACAUGCGGCUUCAAUUAAUGUCUCAAAAGUCGUAAGUGCCUUCCAAGGAAGAAACAACUUGACGAAGGAAGAGGCCCAAGCAAUCGAAGUGUGCGUGGAAGAAGUAAGAGACUCGGUGGAUGAGCUACAGAAAUCUAUAGACAGUAUGGGGAUUGAGGUCGGAGAUCCCAACUUUAAGACGCAAAUGGAAGGUAUUUUGUCGUGGGUGAGUGCGGUAUUGACGGACGGCGAGACCUGCACUGAUGCCUUUGAGGAGAAAGGCGCAAAUAGGGAUGUCUCGACUACAGUCGUCCCCCAGGUUGACUACUUGAAGCAAUUGGCGAGCAUUGCAUUGGUAUUUGUUCGAAAAUAUGCCUCCGCAAAUUCCCACGCCCACGCCAAUUAA